AUGAUGGAAAGUUCCCUACGCUCCUCUCCACCACAUUCUACAUUGAAAAGGAAAGACGCUGACUCAUUACAAGAUGACAAUACCACUGCCACCAUCAAGAAUCCUUUCAUCUUUAGCACCUAUUUUCCACAUAGAAAACGAGAAACACUUCCCGAUUACGGCUUCUCAAAAGCUUCAAGCCUCUCAUAUCCCACGUUCUUGACACCUAGCUUCGCCAAUGAGCAGAAGAACGAAACGAAACCAACAUCUUUCAGCCGACGGCCAUCCAUUAACCAGCAAUUCGAAGAUGUGUUGGGUAGCCUGGAUCAAAUCAAAAAUAGCAUCAGCGCUCUUGAGACAUGUAUACUGCAAUUAGACGACAAGAGCAAUACUCUCAGUACUCGUAUGGAACAGCUAGACCAAAAGAACCAUGCUCUCAGUACUUGCAUGAAGGAACUCGACCUCAAGUAUAGUGACCUUGGUGCUUCCAUAGAGCAAUUGAAUCACAAGUGCGAUACUCUUGGUACCUAUAUGGAGGAAUUGAAUCGUAAAUGCAAUGCUCUUGGCACUUCCAUGGACCAAUUAAACGACAAGAUCAACGCUCCUAGUACUUGUAUACAGCAAGUAGACAACAAGACCCUAACGACGGAUGAUACUUUGAUGCAAGAAUUACGAAAGUUGCGAGAAACGAAUCAGAGCACAGGAAGCAUCAUUGCUCAGGAAACCGUACGUGUGAUUGAUAAAGCCAUGAAAGAUUGGAUUCAAAAGAUUUACAACCGCAUCGAUGUACGGGUAUCACAGUACGAGAUCUUGACACGAUGUAUGAUCCAACGACGACAACCACCAUGUCCACAGUGCUCAAGGAUACCCAACAAUGAACAUGAUCGUCUCCCUUAUAGCUACCGGCUCAUUACCAGAGGUAGCUUGAUACAACCGAAUACCGAAUUGUAA